AUGGCUUCCGGUGAACAAAAAUUCCCUCCACAGAAACAAAACACACAACCUGGAAAAGAACAUGUCAUGGAUCCACUACCUCAAUUCACUUGCCCUGACUACAAGCCAUCAAACAAACUUCAGGGAAAGGUAGCUGUAAUAACAGGUGGUGAUUCUGGAAUUGGACGAGCAGUGUGCAAUUUGUUUUCAUUAGAAGGUGCUACCGUGGCAUUUACGUAUGUAAAGGGUGAUGAAGACAAAGAUGCGAAGGACACGCUAGAAAUGAUCAAGAAUGCAAAGAGUGCUGAAGCUAAGGAUCCAUUGGCUUUAGCAGCCGACUUAGGGUUUGAUGAGAAUUGCAAGAGAGUUGUUGAUGAGGUUGUUAGCGCGUAUGGACAUAUUGACAUUCUUGUUAACAAUGCAGCUGAGCAAUAUGAGUGUUCAUCAGUUGAGGAGAUUGAUGAGCCAAGGCUUGAGAGGGUGUUCCGAACAAAUAUCUUCUCAUAUUUCUUCAUGGCCAGGCAUGCAUUGAAGCAUAUGAAAGAAGGGAGCAGCAUUAUCAACACAACAUCAGUGAAUGCAUACAAAGGACAUGCAAAACUACUGGACUAUACAUCUACCAAGGGUGCAAUUGUGGCCUUCACAAGGGGACUAUCACUUCAGCUGGUGAGCAAGGGAAUAAGGGUGAAUGGGGUUGCCCCUGGACCUAUAUGGACACCAUUGAUACCAGCUUCUUUCAAGGAGGAAGAAACUGCUCAAUUUGGCGCUCAAGUUCCCAUGAAUAGAGCUGGUCAACCUAUUGAGGUUGCUCCCUCUUAUGUCUUUCUUGCCUCCAAUCAAUGUUCCUCUUAUUUUACUGGACAAGUCCUUCACCCUAAUGGCGGAACCGUUGUGAAUGGUUGA